AUGCCAGCCGAGCUCUCGCCGCGCCUGGCCGCGGCCACCUCAUCCGCGGCCUCGUCGUCGCCGUUCCCUCACGGCGCGCCGCGGAUCAGAGCCGGCGAGCAAGACGACAGCAGGCUGCCACCGCCGCCGACGACGGCGGCCACGACGCGGGAGGGAGGCAGCAGGAAGCGCCGGCGCGGGGCGUGGGACCCGCGCGCGAGUAGCUGGGCGACGGAGUGGGACCGCGCGUACCUGCUCGCCUGCGCGGCGGGGCUCAUGGUCGACCCGCUCUUCCUGUACGCCGUGUCCGUCAGCGCGCCGCUCAUGUGCGUCUUCCUCGACGGCUGGUUCGCUGCCGCGGUCACUGCGCUCCGGUGCGCCGUGGACGCCAUGCACGCCUCCCACCUGCUGCUGCGGCUCCGGGAAGCGUGCUCGCCGAGGCGGGAAGACACGGACGAGGAGGAGGCGCAGCCGGGGCGCGAUGACGCACGCGGCGGCGUGCCGGAACGGGGGAGGUCCAAGAAGGGGGUUUUCUUGGACGUGCUGGUCAUCCUACCGGUGAUGCAGGUGGUCGUCUGGGUGGCGUUGCCGGCGAUGAUACGCGCCGGGUCGACGACCGCCGUCAUGACCGUGCUGCUGGUGGCGUUCCUGUUCGAGUACCUGCCCAAGAUCUACCACUCCGUCCGCGUUCUGCGCCGGAUGCAGGACGUCUCCGGCUACCUCUUCGGCACCAUCUGGUGGGGGAUCGCGCUCAACCUCAUGGCCUACUUCGUCGCCGCUCACGCGGUGGGCGCGUGCUGGUACCUGCUCGGCGCGCAGCGGGCCACCAAGUGCCUGAGGGAGCAGUGCGCCCAGGCCGGGAGCGGGUGCGCGCCCUGGGCGCUGGCGUGCGCGGAGCCGCUCUACUACGGGCGCGGCGUGGCCGUGGGGGCGGACAGGCUCGCCUGGGCCGGCAACGCCACGGCCAGGGGCACGUGCCUCGACAGCGCCGACAACUACCAGUACGGGGCCUACCAGUGGACGGUCAUGCUGGUGGCCAACCCCAGCAGGGUCGAGAGGAUUCUGCUCCCCAUCUUCUGGGGACUAAUGACUCUCAGCACCUUUGGGAACCUGGAGAGCACGACGGAGUGGCUGGAGAUCGUGUUCAACAUCAUCACCAUCACCGGCGGACUCAUUCUCGUGACAAUGCUCAUAGGGAACAUCAAGGUGUUCCUGAACGCGACGACGUCCAAGAAGCAGGCGAUGCACACGCGGCUGCGGGGCGUGGAGCUGUGGAUGAAGCGCAAGAACCUGCCCAGGAGCUACCGGCACCGAGUGCGGCAGUACGAGCGGCAGCGGUGGGCGGCCACGCGCGGCGUCGACGAGUGCCGCAUCGUCCGUGACCUGCCGGAGGGCCUCCGCCGGGACAUCAAGUACCACCUCUGCCUCGGCCUCGUGCGCCAGGUGCCACUGUUCCAACACAUGGACGACCUGGUGCUCGAGAACAUCUGCGACAGGGUCAAGUCCCUCGUAUUCCCCAAAGGAGAAGUUAUUGUCAGAGAAGGGGACCCAGUGAAGAGGAUGCUGUUCAUCGUGCGCGGCCACCUGCAGAGCAGCCAGGUGCUCCGCAACGGCGCCAAGAGCUGCUGCAUGCUGGGGCCGGGCAACUUCAGCGGCGACGAGCUGCUGUCGUGGUGCCUGCGCCGGCCGUUCCUGGAGCGGCUGCCGGCGUCGUCGUCCACGCUGACGACGCUGGAGAGCACGGAGGCCUUCGGCCUGGACGCCGCGGACGUCAAGUACGUUACGCAGCACUUCCGGUACACCUUCACCAACGACAAGGUGCGGCGCAGCGCGCGCUACUACUCGCCCGGGUGGCGCACGUGGGCGGCCGUGGCGGUGCAGCUCGCGUGGCGCCGGUACAAGCACCGCAAGACGCUCGCGUCGCUGUCCUUCAUCCGCCCGAGGCGGCCGCUGUCCCGGUGCUCGUCGCUCGGCGAGGAGAAGCUCCGCCUCUAUACCGCGCUGCUCACAUCGCCCAAGCCCAACCAGGACGACCUGCUGUGA